UUUCUUUCUUUCUCUCUAUUCUCUCGGCAGUCUCUCUCUCAUCUUCUCCUUCGAAAAACUCUCUUCUCUCUUCGAUUUCAACACCUUAGAGUGUGAUUCCGGAUGAAAUCCAAGAAUUAAAGUUGCUAUUCGGAGCAUGGGCUUUCCGAAUAUCUAAGAAAAAUCAUGAUCGGACCUUCGUGGGAGCUCGGUUGACUUGGUCAAAGGGUCAGAUUAUGCUCAAAACCCAUGAGGAUGACAACUGGAAAGAAGCGACUGCGAGUUGAAAAAGGGUCAAAGGCAAGAGUAGAAGGGUCAAAGGCAGGAGAGGGAAGUACCCACAACAAUCCUUAUCUGUUUUUCUUUGACGCUUAUCUUAAAAAAGCCAAAGCUGCCAAUAAGAGUCCAAGGUUUAUAAUUGCAAAGUAUACCAAACUAGCUGCGGAAAUAUGGAAUAACAUGUCUGAUGCGGAAAAAGCGCCAUUCGUGGACAUGGCGAAAGAAAGAAAAGCCCGCAUUAAAAAGUAUAUUCCGAAGGAAAAAAAGAAAAAUGCGGCAGUAUGGUUUCAGUUAUUAUUGUUGUUUUUGAUAUAGUUAAUCUUUAUGUUAACGUAUCAUGUGUGUAACAAUGAUGGGUUGUAUUAAAUCGUAAACCCUUUAUAUGUGUA